AUGAGCUCCAACAGCUCUUCAUCUCGUUCCGUUCAACGCAGAUCAACAGUUGGCAUACCUACUCGCUGCUGGUGUGGAGCCAAUCUAACAACCUACGCCGCCGAAACGAAGGAAAACCUAUACCGGAGAUUCUACAGAUGUGAAAUUGCCGUUCAGAGGAAAUCAGAACACCACUUGUUCAAAUGGGUUGAUGAGGCUUUUGUUGAUGAGAUAAACAAUCUAGAUGCAAAAAGAUGUCAGCUACAGGCCGAGAUUGAGUCUUAUAAGAGGUCGACGACACUACGCUUUCAAGCACAAGACAAACACAUCGAAGACGCCCUCCUGGAGAUGAGAAAACUUAUCGACGAGCAAAGUAAGCUUAUGGCUGCCACAAUAUCAACUACUACUAUUGACAAGUCCAAUCAUUGCACCGCUGGUACCAAACCUCAUUAUCCCGUUCUCAACAUUGGAGCUGCUGCCAUUGCAUUGGGAACAAUGGCAUGGCUAUAUGUCAAGCUCACCACCUGA